AUCUGCUGCUGCGGAGGCCACUUUGGACCCGGAGCAAGGAGGGGGAGAGGCUCGCUUCAAAAAGUACUGGCGCUCUGUGUCUCAGAAGCUUAAAAGGCCCAGGCUGCACAGUCGGAACAGCGCCCCUGUAUUGGUACCAGAUCACAAUAUCAUCUGCGGACAUCACGGUCCAAGGGGAUUCCAGUCGAACCUCGUCUCCAUUAGUAACCGCAAACAGGAAGGAGCUCAGAGCGGAACCCUGAUGCAGUCCCACCUCCACCUUGAAUCCUUCUGACACACCUACGGCACAUCUCAGCACUGUUCUGCUGCCCUCAUACAUGUCCUGUACUAUUCAUACAUAUUUCUCCGCCACACGAGACUUGCGCAUGCAGUACCAAAAUUCCUCUCUUGGUACUCUGCCAAUGUAGCUCCUUCUGACCUUCUCUUUACUUUUCCAUGAGCAUCCUCAAGGCAAAUAAUGCAUCUGUGGUACUCUUUCUCGGCAUGAAACCAUACUGUUGCUCACAGAUACUUACUUCCGUCCUGAGUCUGGCCUCCACUACUCUUUCCCAUAACGUCAUUGUGUGGCUCGUCAUCUUUAUUCCUCUGUAGUUUCCACAGUUCUGAACAUUUCCUUUGUUCUUAAAAAUGGAGACUAGCACACUUUUCCGCCAUUCUUCUGGCAUGUUCUCGCCCGCUGGUAUUCUAUUGAAUAAAUUGGUCAAAAACUCCACGGCCACCUCAUCAAAUUGCUUCCAUACCUCCACUGGUAUGUCAUCGGGUCCAACUGUCUUUCCAUUUUUCAUUCUGUUCAGUGCCUUUUUAACUUCUCCCUUACUAAUCAUUGCCACUUCCUGGUCAUUCACGCUUGAAUCAUAAUGCUCUAGUAAAUCAUUUCAACCCAUGAAGGAUUAAAAAAUAAAGAUAAAAGAGCAACAAAUGCUUGCCUAACUGGUGGUGCAAAGUACCAUUAUUAAUUGUUCGAUGCGUGGAGACAACGUAAAACAUUAAGAAUAUGUCCACAUGUGUGACAAAAAUGAAAUAAUAAUAAAAACACAAGCGAAAUAUAAAAAUCGAUGUUUAAGACCAACAUUAUUCAUAGCCCUGCCAAAAUUUAGAGCUUUGGUCAAAUGACCCAAGAAAAUGGCAAGCUACAGAAGGGGUGCAGUGCGAAGGAAAAUUACAAGCAGCACAUCUUCUGUCAUACAAAGAAAACAGAUUCAGCCAUGAUGAUCAGUAGAUUUUAACUGACUAUAGAAUCGAUUCUAAUGCAUUACUGUGCUUCAAACCUCAUAUGCAUUUGGGGGUAAUUAGACAACUGAGGAAAACACAGGAUGCGUGUAGCUCCUUGCAUGUCUCGUGAAAGGCAGAUAGCAUCAUCGGUUUCCACUUUUCAAAUGGGAGUGGCCAAGUGCGAUGAGGAGAUAGAUACGUAGGCGCAAAACCCAAAUGCAAAUCAAACAGAGGCCAACGUAUGCAUGCAUUUAUGUGCCUGUGUUUGCUGCUUUGGGAAAAGUUGCACGAAGGCUUUAAGUUGUUUCAAAGCAUUUUAGUUAACUGGAUGCUUGCUUGUGUGCUGACUGUGUUUGCGGGAAGGUGAGCAUGAAGCUGUGUCCGCAGACCUCCAGAAAAACCAGUGGUCGCAGCCCCAGGAGGUUCCUCUAUGGAACAUUAGCAACUGUGUUCUUCAAGAUGGACAGAUCCUCAUCUGCCCCGAGGAAGAACCAACACUGUGGACCCGAAACCGUGGUAACAGCUGCCUGUCUAACAUCAGCAUGCAGAAUCUUGUGGACAUCGACACAGAAUGUAGUCCUGACCAUGUGGGCCCUCGACCCAAGAAAGAAGAUGGCGGUGUGCGAGCGCUGAUCAAGCGACGUCUUGAGAACAAGGCCAAGAGGACGAGCAACACCCAACUGAACCACAUCGGAUUAAACAAAGGAGCCAGGCACUAUGGAUCUAAGGAGUCUGUAUCAAUUCCCGUGAGUCCCGUUGGAAGUCUGGAUCUAAAUGCAGAUGCCAGCACUGUGGUCAGGCCAGUGCACAGCUCCAUUUUAGGGGAGAAGUACUGUUUUGAGGUCAUAAACUCUGAGAACACACACUGCUUUGGCUGCUCCUCAGCUGCAGAGCGUGAUCGCUGGAUUGAAGACCUGAGAAGGGCUGCCCAGCCCAAUAAGGAUAACAUUGAGCGCACAGAAAACUCUCUAAAUCUGUGGGUAAAGGAAGCAAAGGAUCUGCCACCCAAACGGCGUUAUUACUGUGAGCUGCACUUGGACGGAACUCUUUUUGCCCGUACCACCAGCCGUCCGGUUUUAAAAGUGUCCACUGGCUCCGGCCUGGCCCGGGAAAGCACUCAUGGCUCUUCAGUAAACUUGGGCGGCAGCGGAAAUGUUCCUGGGGGAUGUCAGUUAUUCUGGGGAGAGUUCUUUGAACUUGACAAUCUUCCCUGCAUCUCCCAAAUCACCCUGCACCUCUUCCGCGAAGAAGACCCCAAGAAAAAGCGGCAUUCCCGAGAAGAGGUCAGCCUCCAUCCUCUGGGUAGUGUGAAUAUAAACUUGGCUGAUAUCCGAGGAAGGGUCUAUCAGGAGAAGUGGUAUCCCAUCAUUCCUUGCAAGGUGUUAGGCACAGGGUGCGCCAAAGAGCAUCUGGGGCCACAGGCGUCUCUCCGCGUCAAGGCCCGGUUCCAGAACCUGCAGGUUCUACCUAUGGAAAAAUACAAGGAGUUUGCCGAGUAUGUGACGGUGAACUACGUCGAAAUGUGCACAAACCUGGAGCCACUGCUGAACGUGAAAGAAAAGGAAGAGCUCGCUGGGGCGCUCGUGCACGUGCUGCAGAGUAUCGGCAAAGCAAAGGAGUUUCUUGUGGAUUUAGGCGUCGCCGAGAUUGAGCGUCUCGGAGAGAAGGAGGCGCUUAUCUUCAGGGAAAACACGCUUGCCACGAAAGCCAUAGAUGAAUAUAUGAAGCUGGUUGGACAAAAAUAUCUCAUCGACACAUUGGGGGACUUUAUCAUAUGUCUCUAUGGAAUGGGGGACAACUGUGAAGUUGACCCCCGCAAAUGUCAUGCGUCUGAACUUCCAAACAACCAGCGGCACUUGAGGGAAGUGUGCGACCAGGUGGUGCGGAAGAUUAUUGACAUCCAUGGACACUUUCCCGAAGAGCUGAACAAGAUUUUCUCAAGUUGGAUGGAGCUGUGCGAAGAUCGAGGAAGACCAGAGAUCGGCCAACGUCUCAUCUCCGCUUCCCUCUUCCUUCGCUUCUUGUGUCCGGCCGUCCUCAGUCCGUCACUUUUUGGUUUGACGCAGCCGUACCCGGAGCCAAACACCCUGCGCACACUCACCUUAACAGCCAAAGUCAUCCAAAACCUGGCCAACUUCACUCUGUUUGGAGAGAAAGAGGAGUACAUGCUGUUUAUGAAUGACUUCUUACAGCAGCACUGGGACAGAAUGAGGAGCUUUCUGCAAAUGGUAUCCAAUCCGUACACUGAAGUGCCAAUGAGCUCCUUUGAUGGGUAUGUCGAUCUGCCCCUGCGACUGGCCGUUCUGCAUGGCCUGCUGGUGGACAUCGUACAUCUGAAGGAGCAGGAAACAAUUGAGAAAUUGCACCCUCUGCCGAUGAUUCUGAACCAGAUAACAGAGUCACUUGGGCCAGAGGUCCAUCACAUCCCUAUAAACAAGAAACAAUCCAAGCCAAUGUACGUUCCUCCAAAAGACUUGGGCAAAUUCAGCCCUCAUCAAUCGUCCCUCCAGCAGCUUCCUCAGGAAUCCAAAAACCUACGACAUGCGGAUGUCAAAGCUAGGAGAAGGAACCCGGUCACCAGAACUCAAAGCGCUCCACAUAGACGUCCUGAAAAGAGACUGAAGAGGCAGACAAGUUCGGAAACGCUGCCGACAGCUAACGACGGACAAGAUUUGGAAACAAACCAGCCCUCGAUCUCAUCACCCAAAUUUAGAGAAGCAAUUAAAGCAUGUGCACCAGUGCCCUGGAUUAAAGACACGCAAAACAGAGAGGCCAGGGAGAUGACUUUGAAACAGGAGGAGCUCAGCUUACUGGAUAGGCAUUCCCAGGAACUGUCCGAGCUCCGCCUGGGAAUAGACCGGGUGACUGAGCGUGAGCUGGAAAUGGCGAAGCGCCUGGAGGACUUCAUUAACCAAAGUCAGGACCAGAAUGCAAUGCUGCAGGCUGAAAUGAGUGAGCUCCGGAAUCUGCUGGCUACACGAGAGGAGCAGCUUGCUAGCGCCACCUUCAGGUUGGGUGUGAUUGAGGAGGAGAGGGACGAUGGUGAGCGUAAGCUGAAUGUCGCAAUUGCGGCAGCUGAGCGGAUGAACGUACUAGAGGAGCAGUUUGCCACUUUCAUGAAGGACCUUCAUCAUGUUAACGGGACACGCUGAUGAAAAGUAACAAAUUGUCUGACAAGGAAAAUGUUCUUUUGAGGCCUUGUCACAGUUUUGUACAGAUACAUUGUUCAAUAUCAAUGUGUAUACACCCACCAAGUAAGAUUUUCGAGCAUUUGUCAGUACACAAAACUCAUUUAAACGUAACUUUGCCACAUUUUAUUGGUAUGUAGCAUAAAACUAUUUUGCACCCAAAAAAUAAAACGUUUGAGCACACAUUGACAAGAAGAUGAACAAUAAAAUGGAUCAUUGAAUGGAUUAAAAUAAAGUACAUCAAAUAAAAUAAUGAUUCUCAAAGGAAAGAUGUUUUCUCACACAUCUGUUGGAGUGCACAUGUUUAAGUUAAGUACUGUACAGAAAAUCAAAUCUCCACAAAAUAGCAGUAGACAUACAGUCAUCAGUCACAUUUGGUUCUGAAAGAAAACCUUUAAGUAAUCAGUAAUUUGCAAUGGUGAUGAACUGCAAAGUACACUGUAAUGUAUUUCUAGUGUCAUUAAGCUACAGGCUAGAACAGGGGUCACCAACGUGGUGCCCGCGGGCGAAUAGUAGCCGGGGAGGACCAUAUAAAGCACCCGCAAAGUAUGUUCUAAAAAAUACCAUGGGCCACAAAUUGUUACUAUUAUUUGUGCUUUAAAUUCGAAAUCUUGACUUGCUUACGUGAAUUAAAAUUUUAAAAUACCUGAUGUUAUUUACUACAAUAAAUGAAAACACAAAUAUUAUAUGUACGUGUAAUGAACUGAGUCUGAAAUUUGCCACAAACAGGUCACGUAGCCCUUCAUACGAUCGGUGCUCACGAAGUAGCCCUCAGCCUCAAAAAGGUUGCUGAGCCCUGGGCUAGAAGUUCUUGAGAUGGGUACAAAUUGAUACCCUCCUCGGUAUGAAGAAUUUUAUACAUUAUGGCCGCUUGCACAAUAAUAUCCAGUGUUUCUGAGAUGUCCCAAAUUAUCUGAUCUUUAGUUUAGAGUUUUUAAUAUUCUGCAAGGUUUUAAAAUGACAUUAUGUUCAUAAUUGUGGUUGUGGCUUGCAAUGACAGCUGUCUAUAAUAAUUCAGUCUCUCUCAUACAGCUCAUCCGGAUCAUCAAAAUACCCAACUGCUUUCAUUAUGAUGAAGCACAGUUUUACAUUUGAAUAUUUUGUCAAUUAAUAACUCUGGUAUUGUCAUUUCUGAGCAUUAUUUUUGAAAAGGUGGGAUGUUUGAGGUGUUGGCCUUUAAUUUUGUGGACAAACUGGCAUACAUCAGGGCAUGAUUGAGGUUUGCGCUAGUGUGGGGGUGUUCAUAGUCAACUUCAUCAAUCCUGUCUAAUCAAAGCAGCUGUGAAAAUUUCCUUUAAUUGCAGGAAGGAAGUCCUGCACUGGUAGUGUUUGACAUAAUGGAAGAAGAAACUGAUUUGCCAUUGUAGUUCAGGGGCCACUCACAGCCUAAUUUGAUGUCAAAGUGGCUGGACCACUAAAAUCACACUUACUGUGAUACAAAAUUAUUUAAAAAACAUUUCCCCGCAGUGUUUUAAUGCUUAUCAAAACAAAAAUUACAAAAUCAUUAGAUUUAAUGACAUUUUUAAAAUCGUUUUAGAAAACAACUUCGGCUUUCUUGAGGAAAU